AUGAGUUGUGCUAAAUGUGAACGACCAUUUCGUCAUGGUACAGACGAUACAAUAACAAUUAAUAAGAAAACAUAUCAUUCGGAUUGUUUAUCAUGUGAUAAAUGUUCAAAAGCUUAUGAUGGAUCAUUUUCACCGGAUGACCUUGAUAAAGAAGCACUUUGUCUAGAAUGUACUCAAUCAGAACGAACAAAAAAAACUCAAGAAAAUAGUAAUACUGAAUCAAAAAAUGCUGUAUCGCAAUGUGGUGGUUGUGGUCUACCAUUUAAUCCAGCAUCUAAACAUAUAACAAAACGAUAUAAUAAUAAAGAAUAUCAUCAUAAUUGUUUAAAAUGUCAACAAUGCGAAAAAUUAAUUGAAGGUGAAAUAUAUGAUGAUGAUAAAAAUAAUAAAAUCUAUUGUGGAUCAUGUUUUAAAAGUCAUGAUAAACAAGGUUUUCAAAAACAAACUCAACAAAAAGAACAGAAUCAACAGAAAUCAGUUCGUUUUGCUGAAAAACUUGCUGAAACAUUAAAUCGUGAUGAAUUAGCGGCAUAUUAUAAAAAUGAACAACGUGACAAUGAUGAGUCAUUUCCUAUGGAAUAUCCAAAUAAUCAUCAAAGAAUUCAAUUUUGUUCUGCAUGUAUGUUACCAUUUCAUCCUGGUAGUCGAGUAACUCAAGCACAAGAUAAAGAAUAUCAUUAUGAAUGUUUUUGUUGUGAAAAAUGUCGUCAACCAAUAAAUGGAGUGUUUACAAUGAAUCCCGAUGGAUCAAAAUUUAAAUGUGGAAGUUGUCUUCAAAAAAAUUAUUCAUCAUCUACAACACUUUGUACUGAAUGUGAUUUACCUAUUGAAACAAGUCGUAUUGAUUUUAAUGGUCGUUCAUUUCAUGUUGAAUGUUUUACUUGUGCUUUAUGCCAUAGACGAUUAAAUCCAUCUCAAACAUUUUCAUUACAUAAUGAUCAACCAUGGUGUCAUCAAUGUGAAACUGAUACAAAAUAUUGUUAUACUUGUGGAAAACCGAUUUUAUCAUCGGGUAUAAAGUGUGAAGGGCAUGAUUAUCAUAAAGAAUGUUUUCCAGAAUCAAGUUGUUUUUCUUGUGGAAAACCUAUUACAACAGCGGGUAUAACAUAUGAAGGACAUGAUUAUCAUACAAAAUGUUUUAAAUGUUCAAAUUGUCAUAAAUUAUUAGAAAAUGAAAAAAUACUUUGUGUAAAUAAUUCCAAACCAUUAUGUGUUGUUUGUAAUGAUGAAUUAUUUGCUAAGCGAUGUACUAAAUGUGGAAAAGCUAUACCAGCUAAUCAAAAAGUUACUUUAUUCGAUGACAAACCAUUUCAUGAACAAUGUUUUCAAUGUGUUAAAUGUCAUCGACCAAUUGGUUCAAAGAAAUUCUAUAAAGAUCAACGUGGAUUAAUUUGUUCGAAUUGUGGAUAA